UCGCCCCUUCUGCUGCUCCACGAACCCCAAGAUUCAGACUCGUGAACCCGAAGCGGUAGAUACUGAUGCAUUAUUCUGUCCAUAAAUGCUUCGGAUUCACGAGACGAGGCGCCUCGACAGGACUUGUGUUUACGACUAUACAAGAGAGUCAAUGAAUGUCGUCCCGCAGGAUUCACGACACUCGCCUACAACGAUUGCCCGGACGACAACAUGCUGACACUGGAGGUGAACGCCACGCUCACUGACGCCUACUGGAACGACAACAAUGCCACCGUGGGAGUCGCCCUGCAGAUAGAGAGCGGGUCUACCAUCCCGGUGGUGGUGAAGGUGGCGUCACUGCAGGUGGUGCGAGAGAACAUCACCGCCAACCUGCCCAGACUCAACCACUCUCUUACCCUAAAUGACACCUUCAUCUACUCCCCCUUGGACGUGGUUGAGGUAAUCUUCAGCCUCAGUCAACUGGAGGACUCACUGGUAGAACCCAGCCAAGUAACUCUGGUCAUGUUCCUGCCGGUGGGAGGCUACCUUACUUUCACCUCACACCAGGUUGAGGGCCUCCAGCCAACCAUCACCCACGACAGCGCUAAGCUAUCUCUCUCGUACGGUUUGGUGCGAUUCACAGAUGUAUCACGGGUGUCCGCUGAACUUUGUCGUCAACCCCGAAAAAAAUCGACACUUCGGUUCAGUCUUUAUCAGAUAACAGUCCCUUAGCGCCUAUUCAUCAGCACUCUC